AUGAAUAAAUCGGAAGUCCACGAAGGCCAAAUUGAAAAUAAGAUUAUUUACUUACCAUAUUCGUCCCACAAUUUUGAAAAACUGACAACCAAAACACCCACCCACCCACCAGAAACCAUGAUGAGGCAAUACUUUCAAAACCUUGCCGCUGAAACAGGUGUAUCUCAAAUGACACUUGUAGGCGACAAGGCUAGUUUGCCAUAUUUCGGUCCUCGCAGAACUUCCUUGUCGAUCUCCUUUGCGUCCUCCUCAAAGGCAUCAUCGACAAGCAGCAGCAAGAAGUUUCUGGAAGUUUCGGAAGAUGACUUUGCUCCAAGCUUUCCCACCCGAAAGCUGAGCUCUGGUAGUUUGACCUCUCUCGAUGAUUCAUCAUCAUCUGGUGAUGAUGAUGAUAAUGAUGAUGAUUCGCAAUUGUCCAACUCUCGUUGGGUGUCCACUCCUACUACCAGAUCCAAAAGUUACUCUCCCGUUUCCUUGACCCGAAAAUCUCUCAAUCGAAAGAAUUCUGGUGAUCUGUUGGCUGUCGGUACCAUCAAGAGUGUCUUUCUCCGCGACAUUAUCAAUGCUCCAACUGCUGUUGGAGGUGCGAACGAAGAGGCUACUAUCAGUACUACGCUCCUGACUCCUCCCAAGAGGAAGGAGAGUAUUGAAGACUCUUUGUUUUGCCUCCACAACGACACUGCUGGUAGUGGUAAUGUUCGCCGUUCACGCAGUGCCGAUCUUGUGGCACCUCUUGUUUUUCACAAAUGCCUCUAA